GAAAGCGAUCAGCGGAAGUCAUUGUUGGGUCGAGCCGCUGCUAACCGUCCCGUCCUGUUUAUUCAUUCAACUGUCCGGAUUUUAACGUGUUAACCGAGACAGUCGUCGGCCGCAGUGAGGCAGUUGUAUACCCUGCAGUGGCUGACCGAGUUGUUGUCGUUUUAUUUCCGUCCACACGAGUCGUAACUGCGAGCUAGCUGCGAGCUAGUUAACGAUGCUGGCAGCGCGCAGCACGUUUCAUUCAUUUUGGCUAACGUUAGCUGUGUAGUGGCGGCUAACGCUCACCUGAGCAGGUCUGGUUGUACUGACGUUAGGUAAUGCUACUUCUGCCAUAGUCCGGCUGCAGUGUGACUGGCUGGCCUUGAGUUCAGAGAUAACAGUGUCGUGUGUAAACCUUUCGGCCGCUGUAACGUCAGAUAGUCGUCAAAGCGAAUUAGGUUAAGAAUCAUCUUCAUCACUCUUCAUCAGAUAUUAUGGAUUAUGAGCACAAAGCCAAUGCAGCGGCGGACUGCCUGAUGAGCUACAAAAGGGAUGAGUCCGGAUGGAAAGUCUGCAAGAAGUCGAAUGACGUGGUUGUGUCGUGGCGUCCCUCAUCUGAGUUCCCCGGGAAUGUGUAUAAGGGCGAGGGUAUUGUCAGUGGCACCCCAGAGAAAGUGUGGGAGUGUCUGAAACCAGUGCCCAAUGGGCUCAGGGUCAAGUGGGACAACAAUGUCAAAAGGUUUGAGCUUUUGGAACAAAUCACAGAGGACAUCUCUAUCUGCCGAACAGUCACGCCUUCAGCAGCUAUGGGGAUCAUAGCACCCCGAGACUUUGUCGAUGUUAUUUUAGUUAAGCAAUACGAAGAUGGCACCAUUUCAUCAAAUGGUGAAUCACCACAGUGUUCCUGGCUUGCUCAGACUGAAGUGUUGAGGAGAGAGCUAAGGAUAAACAGAGGAAGGACAAUCUCCGUCAACGUGAGUCACCCUGGCUGUCCUCCCCAGUCCGGCUACGUGAGAGGAUUCAACCAUCGAUGUGGCUGUGUUUGUGUCCCCAUCUCAGGAGAGCCCAACAAAACCCAGGUGUUCAGUUUCUUUCAGACAGAUCUGGGUGGCCUCCUCCCUCGCUCCGUCGUCGACUCGUUCUUCCCAUCCAGCAUGGCUGAGUUCUACGGCAACCUGGCCAAGGCCGUCAAAUCACUCAAGGACCUUUGACGACAAGAGCUAAGAAAUCUACCUUCAGACUUAAGGCCUGCGGACUGAUCAGGCCACGUGUUCAUUCCAUUUUACACUGAGAUUAGCAAACAAUUGCAUCUUUUAGAUAGAUCCAAUCCACAAUUCUGUGUAAUGUGCCCUCCUCUGUUACUGCAGCAGGAAUCCAGUAAAUCUCCAGUAGUCAGCCUCCUUAUUUAAAAGCAGUUUAAACACUUGAAAAUCCCACAGUAAGAAUUGAAAUUUAAACUGAGUCUCUUUGUAUCCCAGUCAGUUGGAUGAAUUUAAAGAUGUAAAAUCUAUAUUUGUACAUGUGCUUAACAUACAGAAUAUGUUUACUUUCUACCCGAAUCACGAGACAACAGACAUUUUCUCUCCUUAUAAUUGCAUACUUCAGUGUGUACUGUAAACAUGCAUGUUGCAUGGACCUUAUUUACCCUAUGCUGGUAUCAGAUUAUUGGUUUGGACGUCUGACUCAUACCUCAUAUUUAGUUGUUUGUGUUGUACUUGAAAUGCCAUAGUUCUCACCCGCUCACCUGUAACCCAUGAAGAUCUUGUAUCAGCUAACUGAAGCACAGGUGGGAAGGCACAGGUGGCCUUUCCAAACAAAGGCAGCUUUUUUAUUUCUUAAAGAACGCCUUUGAACAGGACAAAUUUUAUUCUGCACUACUGAGCAGAAAAGUGUCUUCCCUUUUUUCAUGGCACUAGUUUCUAAAGGACAUUUCCCCCUUUUUUUCUUCAUGUACAAAACCUAAAACUCCUCAUUCAGUUUUAAGAUUAGAAUCAAACCAGCUUUCUGUAGUUUGUCUCACUAUUCUAGAGACUGUUUUAGCUAGCUUCUCCAAACCUUUCUGACCAUGUUUGCUUACAAAGGAAGAUGACAGCUGACUUUGGAUUUUCCAGGUCUGCUGCUGGACCUUUCUCAAUCAGUGGCAUGUGAUGUGGGAUAAAAUCCCAUGUAACAUGGACAAAUGGCAAUCAUGUUUUAAGAUUAAUUAGAUACAAUAGUUGUAGUGAAAUUAAAGUAAAAUGACAUGAUUUAGGAUUUUAAAUAAUUUAGUAGGCAUUUUUCGAUAGCUGAUACUGUAAAAGUGAGCACUGGUUUGAUAUCAUUGGUCCUGUGUGCUGUGAGGUUCAGAGAUGGUUGUUGGCGCUCUCGUUACCAUCUGAUAUUCUACGUAUGUCAGACUUGAUGUCGCUCUCAGGUUGAUGUCAUGUAGACUGCUGAAACUGCUGAAAUCUCACAUACUGUAGGCUAUAUAAAGCAGGUGAGAUGGACAGGUAUGUCAUGUGCUGGAAUAUGUUGUAGAUGUAUUCCAUUUGUCCAGAUCAAGUACAUACAGUAUUUAUCUAGUUCAGUUUCUUCUGAACCUGACGUGGCCUCAUGUCUGCAUGUUGAUAGUUUUGUAUGGGAUAAAGAAAUGGGGAGAUGCACUUGUGAGAGCAGGUGUAGAUUAGAGUAUUUUUACUUGUCCAGAUAAGAGCAGUUUAUUUGUUCUGUAACACGUACAGACACUCAGAGGUCCCUCCACACUGUAUUCUGCUGUGUUUCAGGUCAGACAGUCUCUCCUCUGUAGCCGCGCACUAAAACCAGUCUAACAGCUCUUGAUAGAAAAUCAUGUCAAUUAAAUAACUUAACAACAUGCCAGUUGCUACUGCAGCAUAUUUACAUAAAUGUUAUAUACAAAUGUUUGUUAAUCCACAACUGCCAGAAUCCUCAUCAGGUACUCAGAAAAAACACAAAAGUACUGUAACACCAGUUUUAAUGUUCUGUAGGCUGGAAAACUUCAUGUUGGUGGUUUGAAGGACACUGUGUGAGCCUCCCUUUAUUCAUCAAGGUUCAAGUGGACACUUCCUUACUGAUGAGCUGUGGGUUUUCUCACUGAACUGACUGUUUAAGAUAUAUAAUGCUUUAGCAUAUACAGAACUUUAUUAAGAAAUCUCUGGUAUGAAAUGAGUGAAGAUGAGUAUCUGAGUCAGGGACUGCUGGAUGAAGGAUCUGAUUUUGAACUGUUGGCCUACCCACCUUCUCCAGAGCCUCUGUGUGUAUGAUAAGCCAUACAGGGUGACAUGUUUUAACUAGACUUUUUUGGUAUUGCCGUUCCUUUUAAAAUACUUUGGCGCUUUACCUGUAACAUUGUUUUACCUCACAGUGCAGCCAGUAAUCUUUAUUAAAGACCUCUCAAAUGCAUUCCACAAGUUCCAAGUUGUAAGAGAUUGCAGGAUUAUUGCUUAUAUGUGGAUGUAAAAGCAUUUAAAUCUGUGUAAUGUUUGAAUGGACCCAGAUGUUUUAUUUUAUUACGUUGUUUUAGGUUGUCUGGAUGUAAAUACAGGUAGCUGCUUGGUAGAAGAAACACCCAGUCACAUGAGGAAAACAAAGUGAAUCAGUGCUGAUCACCUCUUUGACUUCUGAGCCCAUUUCUCCCUUCAACAUGUGAUCUGUAUCUAAUCACAUGAUCUGGAUAAAGACGUGUUGCAUCCUGCAUGCAUUACACUUACACACAAAUACAGAUACACAUGGCAUCCUUAAAAGGGAGUGCCGAUAUUUUUAAUCUCACGUUCCCAAUGUUGACAUAUUUUGUACUGUUAAUUAUUUAUACUUACCAAAUGUUUUGGAAUCAGUCCAGUUGACUUUGACAGUCAGCGUUGUCCCAAGUGAUUAUCUUGCGGCUGUUGGUCUAGGCAGUCUACUUGACCGAUUCCAACACUUCUGGUUUGUAUGAAUCAUUUACACACCAAAGCUUGGUAUAAGGCCCAUGAUUAAAAAUACUGGAAUUGCCCUUUAAUACUCGAUGGAAAUUGGGUCCUCAUCCAGCUCACAGGGACCGCCUGCUGGGUCGUCUCUGUGAGGACUGCUGCUGAAAGUUGUGACUGACUGUAUCUGCAGAAUCAUCAGCACCUCCGUCACUGUAUUCCCUCUAGUUUUUCAUCCUCAACUCCACAGUCCACUGACAGAAAAUACAACUUCUCAUCAGUGGGCCAAUAUAAAAUGUCUGUAAACUGGUAGCAUGUGGUCCUGUAUUGAUUUUCACUUUGUGUAUUGUCUGACCUCAGUGAACAUUGGCCAACAAUGUGCUGUAUCCACAAUGACAAGCUGGUGAAAGAGCAUGUAAACUAUGGUGAAGCCAGUCCUGGUUGAACCCUUUAAGCAUUAAAUAGUGACUGUGGUGGACUUUUUGACCACUAAUGAGACCAAACCUUGUGUUUUGUGAUUGAGAUUCAGAUACCGAUCCAAAGUUUCCUUAUGUGGAUCGAUCUGACUGCUUGUGCUUCAACAAUCACUUCAGAUAUUUCUUGUGUCCUGUGUCACACGGAUCAAACGUCGUCCUGGCUAAUUUAAUAACAAGAAUAUAUUUAAAAUGAUACAUGCCAAAUGUUGAUCAUUUACUGCUCGUAUGAGAUCUGCUGUUGCUCUCAACAUGGAGUUUUACAUGUUUUGUCAGACCACAUGAAACUGUUUAUAUUGUACUAUUCUGCACCCAGUUAAUUUGUAUUUCACCAGCAUUAAAGUGAUUACUAGGAA